AUGAUUAAUUCACUACAUAUUUUUAAAAAAAGUUUUUUAAAUUCAACAGCAAUACAAACUUCAACAACUAGAUUAUUUAAUUUAGAACAACAAUAUAAACAACAAUUACCAAUUUAUUCAUAUUUUUAUAAUAACUUUUUUACAAGAAAAGAAUCUAAAAAAAAAAAUGAUCAACAAUUUAAAAAAAAGAAUCCAAAUGAUAGAAAUAAAAGUUUAAGAAAUAAAAGAGCACCAGCACCAAAAGAACAAACAAUGAAAAAACAUCGUAGAAUUGAACAAGAGACAAAAAUAAGAGAGGAUAGAGAAAAUAAAUAUGAAAUUCAAAAAAAGAAAAGAUCUGAUAAAUUAAAGAAAACUAAUGAAGUUAGUUUUAAACAUCUUGAUUAUAAAUUAAAUGAAGAUGGUAAAGAGUUUAAUAUAAAUAGUUUAGAUAAAUUUUUAUCUCCACAAUCAAAAUCAAAAUUAAAAUCAUCAUCAAAAUCAUCAACUUCAAAAUCAUCACCAAAAUCAUCACCAAAAUCAUCACCAAAAUCAUUGAAUUUCUUGGAAAAUUUAGUUGGAACUAAAAAAUCAAAAAAAGAAAUUGAACAAGAAGAAAUUUUAAAAAAAUAUGAACAAAUGAUGGAAUCAAAAGAUAAACCAAUUUAUACAGAUUUUAAUAGAAUUAAAUUUAGAGUUUCAAAAGAUAUGGAAGGUAUGAGAGUUGAUAAAUGGAUUAGUACAAAAUUACCAGUUUUACCACAUUCUUUAAUUUGUCGUUGGUUAAGAAACAAAGCAAUUUUCAUGGAAAAUGGUGAAGAGAAAAAAGUUGGUGAAGAAAAUUAUAAAAAUGAGAAAGUAGAGGAGGAGGAAGAGAAUAAUGAGGAGGAGGAAGAAGAGGAUGAUGAAGAAGAAGAAAAAGAAGAGGAGGAAGAGGAAGAAGAAGAGUAUGAAGAAGAAAAGGAAAAAGAAAAAGAUGAAGAGGAAGAAGAAGAGUAUGAAGAAGAAUAUGAAGAAGAAGAAUAUGAAGAAGAAGAAUAUGAAGAAGAAGAAUAUGAAGAGGGAGAAUAUGAAGAGGAAGAAAAUAAAAAUUUAGAUUUAUCAAAAACUACAACAACAACAAAAGAAAAUAAAGUAAACCCUGUUCAACUUAAAAGACAUAAAUUAAAAUUUAAUGAUAAAGUUCAAGUUGGUAGUUGGAUUUAUUUCCCAGCUCAAGUAAUAUUAGAUCAACAGAUUGCAGAUAUUAAAGAUCCACAAAAAUAUGCAAGAUUAAGUGAUCAAGAAAUUAAAGAAAUCAGAGAAAGUGUUUUAUAUAAAGACGAACAUAUUAUAGUAUUAAAUAAACCACAAGGUUUAUCAGUUCAAGGUGGUACAGGUUUAAAUAAACAUUUAGAUAUGAUGUUGAGUCAUUUACGUUUUGAAAAGGAUGAAAAUCCAAAAUUAGUUCAUCGUUUAGAUAGGAAUACUUCUGGUAUCUUAAUUUUAGGUAGAUCAAAAUUGGCUGCAAGUGCAAUGACUAAAAAAUUUGAAUUAAAAUUAGUAAAAGAAAAUAAAAAAGAUAAAGAUGAUAAUAAUAAUAAUAAAAAUAAUAAAAAUAAUAAUAAAAAUGAUAGUAAAAGAUUAUUUAGAGAAAAAGAAGUUUUUAAUAAUAACAAAAAUAAAGAUGAAGAAAAUGAAAAUUAUAGUAAAGGUAUUAAAAAAACAUAUUGGGCAUUAUUAGGUUCAACACCAACACCAAAAGAAGGUAGAAUUAGAGCACCAUUGAAAAAGGUGGUUGUUGGUGGUUUUGAAAAGGUUGUACCAACUUUAACAACUGGUGAUGGUGCAAAAAUUGCAAUCACUGAAUACAAAGUAUUGGAAUCAUCUUUAACUAAACAUUGUUUUAUUUCAUUAUGGCCUGAAACAGGUCGUACUCAUCAAUUAAGAGUACAUUGUGCUUCAGUUUUAAAUACUCCAAUCAUUGGUGACCCAAAAUAUGGUGAUAAAGAAUCUGAUUCAAAUUUAAAAGAUCUUUUACCAUAUCCUUCAAAAUUACAUUUACAUGCAAGAAGAAUUGAAUUCAUUCAUCCAUUCACAAAUAAGAAAAUUGAUAUCUCUGCUCCAUUACCAAGAGAAUUGGUUCAAAAUUGGAAAACAAUGGGUUUUAAUUAUAAAUUUGAUGAUAAAUCAAUUUAA